GCCAGUCACCGGCGGCGCGAGUAUAAAAGGGAGACGGACGAUGGAUAUUGCUCUGUCGCACGUUUACCCUCUACAGUAUUUUUUUUCUAUGAGGGGAUGCCUCAGUCCACUGUUUACCUCGUUACGGGCGCUAACCGCGGGAUCGGCCUUGCCAUUGUCACAUCUCUCGCCGCUCGGCCGAACGUUGUCGUCUUCGCAGGUGCUCGCGACCCCGCUCACGCUACCGAGCUCAACGCACUUGCGAACGCGCACCCCGACCGCGUCCACGUCCUCAAGAUCGUCUACGCCGAUAAGGAGAACAACAAGGCCGCCAUUGAAGAGGUCAGGCGGCUGGCAGGGCGCCUAGACGUCGUCAUUGCGAAUGCGGGGAUCCAUAAGUGCUACGCACCGGCUCUCGAGGUGCCGGCGGAGGAGAUGAUCAAGCAUUUUGAGGUCAACACCAACGGGGCUCUGUUCCUCUUCCAGGCGGCGUAUCCGCUUUCGAAGGAGAGCAAAACACCCAAGUUCGUGGCCGUAUCCUCCGUUAUAGGGAGCAUCACGAUGGCCGCGCAGCUCCCGGUCAACGUAUACCCCUACGGCGCAUCUAAAGCUGCCAUCAAUUGGAUUAUGCGCAAGCUGCACCACGACUUCCCUGACUUUGUCAUAUUCCCCAUCAACCCAGGCGUCGUCGAAACUGACAUGGCGAAGACGAGUCGCGAGAAGGACCCUGGUACGAAUGUGCUGGGCGAGUCGCUGCCGUCCAUCACGGCGGACGAAAGUGCGCGGGCUAUGCUCGAGCAAAUCGAUAUCGCGACGAGGGAGACGCACGACGGACACUUCGUCGAUUAUAGCGGGUUGGGGAAGUGGGGGUGGUAGAGGGUGCAUAGAAAAUUAUGAUUUGCAAGUGACUUGUAGGCUGAGACGAGGAGGGGUGAGGACUUUCGUUGAUGCGCGUCGACGCUGUCACGGUUCGUCACGCAGUUCGGAGCGAGCGCGCCGAUUUCCCGGUCACUUUGUUUCUUACCACGACUACGACUACGGUACUGCUUGGCAGGUGACCCGCUGGUAUU